GGCCCGCGUGCGGCGUCGCCUUCCAUCCGCAUCAAAAGCGAACCGGUGGAGCCGUGUUCCUCACCUUUCCCCUUCUCUCUUCUUCUUCUUCUUCCCGUUGUUGUGUUUCUCUCCACUUCACUGUGCUGCUGUUCGUGGAGGAGGAGGAGGAGAUGGCGGACUGGGCGCCGGUGGUGGUGGGGGUGGUGCUGUUCGUGCUGCUCUCGCCGGGGCUGCUGGUGGAGCUCCCCGGCACGCACCGCCACGUCGACUUCGGCAGCUUCCGCACCAACGGCAAGGCCAUCUUCGUCCACACCCUCAUCUUCUUCGCCGCCUUCGCCAUCCUCACCCUCGCCCUCCACCUCCACAUCUACACCGGCUAGUCACCUAGUACUCUUCUCCAAUUUCCAUCCAUCUCUCUCAUUCCCUCCUCCCUUCAAUUUCACUUCGUCUCUCUCCUACUCCUAUGCAUACUAAUUACUUAGUAAUUUCUAGCUAGCUGCUCUGUAACAAGGGAAAUAUUUACUGCAACUGUACUAUGCUAGCCCGCUACUGAGUGCAGGAAACUGUAAGUCGAUUGAAGCUCUUCUGUUGAAUCUAGCUAGCAAAGAAUGUCAAUUUCUUGUUGCUGCA